AUGAAUUUGAUGUUGAGCUUGACUCAACAAAGUGACCAUGUGUGCAUUAGUGAGCUUCGUAUGGAUAGAGCUACUUUUAGAGUGCUAUGUGAUAUGGUAAGAGACAUCGGUGGUUUGAAGCCUACUAGAAACACAACCAUAGAAGAAGUAGUAGCAAUGUUCUUGUAUACUUUGGCUCACCACAAAAAGAGUAGGUCGAUUGGAUAUCUUUUUUUACGCAGUAGGGAGACGGUGAGUCGGCAAUUCCAUCAAGUUCUUUUGUCCAUUUUGAAAUUACAUCAUAUAUUAUUAAAGAAACCCGUCCCUAUUACCGAAGAUUGCCAAGAUGGAAAAUGGAGAUGUUUUCAGGGUUGUUUAGGAGCUUUGGAUGGAACUUUAAUAAAAGUUACACCCCCUAGUGAUGAGAAGUCUAGAUACCGCACAAGAAAGGGUUGCAUCUCAACUAAUGUUUUAGGUGUUUGUUGUCCGAAUAUGCAAUUCAUAUAUGUAUUGCCUGGUUGGGAAGGUUCAGCACAUGAUGGUCGUGUGCUUCGAGAUGCAAUCUCAAGGAAUCAAGGUCUAAGAGUCCCUCUCGGUUGUUAUUAUCUAGUUGAUUUUGGUUAUUGCAAUGCAAAUGGAUUUCUUGCUCCAUACCGAGGACAACGAUAUCACCUUAAAGAGUUUGAUGGUCAUCAACCAAAGACUCCUCAAGAAUAUUUCAACAUGAAACACUCCAAGGCAAGGAAUGUGAUUGAGAGAUGUUUUGGAUUGUUAAAAGGAAGAUGGAAGAUCCUUGCAUCCCCUUCUUUUUUCUCAAUCCAAACUCAAGUUUCUAGUUAUCAUGGCAUGUUGUUUGUUACACAAUCUGAUCCGUAA